GUAUGCGUGAAUGACACGGUCUUCUUCCGGUACGACGUGUGUGUUGACCAACGCGCAAGCCUUUUUUUCUCUUGGCUUUCUGGAGAGCAGUCACUCCUCCGGUGUCCCAGCUUCCUUUUCCCGUCUACCCCUCUCUGUCUUACGGCGACACGCAAACUUCUAAACCGCUGGACAUGGCAUCUGUUUCGGCUCCUGCUCAGGCGGUCUCUGCGCCCUCCGCUGGGCUCCAGCGAGGGAUAGUUAAGAUGGUACUGUCGGGGUGCGCCAUCAUCGUGCGAGGUCAGCCUCGUGGCGGCCCACCUCCGGAGCGCCAGAUCAACCUCAGCAACAUCCGAGCGGGAGCCCUGGCCCGACGAGCCGCCCAGAGCCAGCCCGACACCAAGGACACCCCGGACGAGGCGUGGGCCUUUCAAGCCAGAGAGUUCCUGCGCAAGAAGCUGAUCGGCAAAGAGGUGUGCUUCACCGUCGAGAUCAAGACCCCAUUGGGCCGCGAGUACGGAAUGGUCUACCUGGGAAAAGACAUUACCGGCGAGAACAUAGCCGAGUCGCUGGUGAACGAGGGCCUUGCCACGGUGCGGCGGGAAGGAGUCAGGGGCAACAAUCUGGACCAGGUCCGACUGUGUGAGCUGGAGGACCACGCCAAAGCGUCCAGGAAGGGCAUGUGGAGCGAAGGCAGCAGCGCCCACACCAUCCGCGACCUCAAGUACACCAUCGAGAACCCGCGCAACUUUGUGGACUCCCUGCACCAGAAGCCCAUCAACGCCAUCAUCGAGCACGUGCGUGACGGCAGUGUCGUGCGUGCCCUGCUGCUGCCGGACUACUACUUGGUCACUGUCAUGCUGUCUGGCGUCAAGUGCCCCACGUUCAAGCGAGAAGCAGACGGCACCGAAUCGCCCGAGCCUUUCGCCGCCGAGGCCAAAUUCUUCACCGAGUCGCGUCUGCUGCAGCGCGACGUGCAAAUCAUCCUGGAGAGUUGCCCCAACCAGGUCAUCCUCGGAACCAUCUUGCACCCGAAUGGCAACAUCACCGAACUGUUGCUCAAGGAAGGCUUUGCCCGCUGCGUGGACUGGUCCAUGGCCGUCUACACGCAGGGUGCCGAGAAACUCCGAGCUGCUGAAAGAUCUGCUAAAGAGCGUAAAGUGCGCAUCUGGAAGGACUACGUGGCGCCCACAGCCAAUUUGGACCAGAAGGACAGACAAUUUGUGGCCAAGGUGAUGCAGGUUGUCAACGCCGACGCCAUGAUGGUCAAGUUGAACUCGGGAGACUACAAGACCAUCCACCUGUCCAGCAUCCGGCCCCCAAGGAUUGAAGGCGAGGAGAAGAACAAGGACAAAGACAAGAGAUUCCGUCCGCUCUACGACAUCCCCUACAUGUUCGAAGCCCGCGAGUUCCUCAGGAAGAAGCUCAUCGGGAAAAAGGUCAACGUGACGGUGGACUACAUCAGAGCAGCAACCGGCCCGGGCGAAAGCACCCCGGCCUUUUCGGAGCGCACCUGUGCCACAGUCACCAUCGGUGGCAUUAACAUUGCAGAGGCUCUGGUCAGCAAAGGCCUGGCUACGGUCAUCAGGUACCGACAGGACGACGACCAGCGCUCCUCGCACUACGACGAGCUGCUGGCUGCGGAGGCACGGGCCAUCAAGAACGGGAAGGGGCUGCACAGCAAGAAGGAGGUUCCCAUUCACAGAGUGGCAGAUAUCUCUGGGGACACGCAGAAAGCCAAGCAGUUCCUGCCCUUCCUGCAGCGGGCCGGACGCUCAGAGGCGGUGGUCGAGUACGUCUUCAGCGGCUCCCGCCUCAAGCUGUACAUGCCCAAAGAGACUUGCCUCAUCACCUUCCUUCUCGCCGGUAUCGAGUGUCCACGCAGUUCCAGGAACACCCCCGGGGGCACGCAGGUGGCGGAUCCUUUUAGCGACGAGGCCAUGCUGUUCACCAAAGAGCUGGUGAUGCAAAGAGAGGUGGAGGUGGAAGUGGAGAGCAUGGACAAAGCCGGCAACUUCAUCGGCUGGCUGCACAUCGAAGGCGUCAACCUCUCGGUGGCGCUGGUGGAGAACGCCCUGUCCAAGGUCCACUUCACGGCCGAGCGAAGCAACUACUACAAAACGCUGGUGUCGGCCGAGGAGGGGUGCCGGCAGAGGAAGGAGAAGGUGUGGGCCAACUACGAGGAGAAGCCCAAAGAGGAUGUUGUGCACGUGUCUGAGGAGAAGGAGCGCGUGGCUAAAUACAAGCCGGUCUACGUCACGGAGGUCACCGACAUGCUGCAUUUGUACGCCCAGGAUGUAGAGACAGGGGUCCUUCAAAGACGGACUCCCCCUGAGAGAUUUUGUCUGAUGGCGUUGUCCCCAUCGGCGAACUGAAUCCCCGACCCUCUAACCUCCACCCUUCAUCCUGCCGUCCCUUCCCCUCCUCUCUCGAUCGCUUUCAUUCUUGCUGACGCGAGCUCAAAGCGGCAUCAAGUCAUAGCGGGCCCUUGAAGUGCACAUCAAAGUGGUGUUGUCGAAUCACAGCAGCCGACCGAGCGCUGCGCAGUAUAAAUUACGUUGUGGCACAGUGACACGGACGAGUUUAGAUUUGAGAUGUUCUUGUUUUUGUGUCGUCAAAGUUUGCCACCAUUGAUCCACACACAAGCUGCGAUGAAAAUUCAGUUGUCAAUGUCUGACUGAGACUUUUUUUGGUGGGUCUAUUUAUGAUAGACAUGUCUACCAAAUUCCUUGUUGCUAAGAAAAAAAGCUUUUUUGGGUGGGGGGUAGAUUUUAAUAAUAAUUCGAGAGGGUUCUACUGAAACUAAAUGGAUGCUCCAAACCAAAAUGGCCACCCUUGAGACUUUUUUUGGUGGGUCUAUUCAUGAUAGACAUGUCUACCAAAUUCUUUGUUGCUAAGAAAAAAAGCUUUUUUUGGGUGGGGGGUAGAUUUUAAUAAUAAUUCGAGAGGGUGCUACUGAAACUAAAUGGAUGCUCCAAACCAAAAUGGCCACCAUUGAGGCUUUUUUUUUUUGUUGGUCUCCUCAUGAUAGACAUGUAAUAAAAGGAAGAAGAAAAAUCUAGGAUAGGCUGCUGAUCUACAAUUUGCAUGAGUGUACACCGUAUUGAACAUUGUGCAGACGUGAUCAAGAAAAACUGACAGCUCACAGCUGUUUUUUUUUUUUUUGCACCGGAGUGGACAUGCGCAGACCCACCAAAUAACCGUGGCGCUUUCAUCUUCCUCGCGAUUGUCAAACGUCCGGGAGAAAACAUUAAGAAAAUUAUCGUUUUAUCCCCUUUGCCAACUCUGCUCUUGAACCUCCCCUUUGCUCUCCAUUCCCUUUUUUCUCAUUUUAAUUAUUCCCCUUUAAUAACUCACAAGUACAGCUUUCUUCAUGCAUGUCUAUCUUUACACACACUUGAUAAAUGAUUAAUUUCACGUUUAGAGCAUUUUCUUUUUUUUUUUUUCUCUCUUCGCCAAAUCGCCGGCAAGCUUGAAGGGAUUGUGAUCCUUAAUCCUCAGUUCAUUGGAAGGCGCUUUAUCUGUUAAUGUACUCAUUUAUCUGGCAUUGUCUCACUUUCCUCCCCACACACAUUAUCUCCCCUUCAAAGAGCUAUCGCUCCAUUCCAACCCCCCCGGUUUUCCCCCGGUGUUGGCCUCUCUCCGUAGGCUAUAUGUAAUUACUGUCAGGAGGGGGGACCCGCAUAGAUCUCUGUGACCUUGCGCACUGCAAAGACACGGGCCACUCCAGGCGCAUGCAACCAGGAAUUAGCGACCCCCACUUUCAACCUCAUUAAAGUGUGGGGGGUGGGGUGGGGGGGGGACUUGCCAAAUAUAGCCCGUUAAGUAGUUAGUGGAAUCACGUGUGCCCGCAGUUUGAAUAUUGGAUGCCACAUCAGCUGUUUAUCAAAGACGCCAAGUGGUGGUCGUGGUAGCAGAGUGUUAUGUUGACUUCGAAAACAAGCGCGUUCUAAUUAAAGGAGCGAGAGGCUCAAGCUCAGUCUGGACAAUUUGCGCCACCAAAACCAGCUUAGCAGCAAUCACGUGGUCAGGGUUUGAUGGCUAACGUUGACUCCAGGCAGAUUAAUCCAGUCGUAAUUUUAAAAAAAAUAAUCAUAAUAAUGGCACAUCUGGCAGAGGGCAGACCGAUGCAAACCAUUCAACUCGUCUAAUCAAUGAGAAAACAAAAUAAUGUGAUGUGCGGGAGG